GGUCACCACUUCCCUGAAGAAGAGGAGAGCCUUCAUCACUCGGCUGCAGGUGCACCGGGUCAUCAAAUGCUUGUCCUCCUCCCCAGACCUUCCACCUCCUUCUUCUUCCCGGCUGCUUAAAAAGGUAGCCGCGGUGACCUCACUUCGGUGCAACAACAACCUGCGGUCACAAUUCUAGCAUCUUACCAUCAGUAGGAGGUCAGGAGGAGCUUCCGCUGCUGGACUGGUUCUUUUCUUCCUUCGGCAAGAGAGAAGAGAGGAGAGAUGGAAGGAGGAGGAGGCGUGGAGGAGGGGGUGAUGAGGGUGCUGCUGGUGGACGACUCACCGGUGGACAGGAAGGUGGUGCAGCUCGUGCUCGGCAGCAACACCUUCGCCGGCUCCUUCCACGUUACCGCCGUCGACAGCGCCAAGAAGGCCAUGGAGUUCCUCGGCCUCAAGGACGGCAAGGAGCAGGCCAUCGACAUGGUGCUCACCGACUACUGCAUGCCCGAGAUGAACGGCUACGACCUCCUCAAAGCCAUCAAGGCGAUGAGUUCCCUAAAGCCGAUCCCGGUGAUCGUCAUGUCGUCGGAGAACGAGCCCCAGAGGAUCAGCAGAUGCCUGAAAGCCGGUGCUGAAGAUUACAUCGUGAAGCCUCUCCAGACCAAGGACGUGCCGCGCCUGAGGAGCUGCUCAAACGCGAAACCGAAGGACAAUACUGUGAGCAACAGGAAGCUGCCUGCAGACCAUAUCGUCGUCGACGGCGCGUCGUCGCCAGGGCGGCGAGCGCACAUCACCGAGAUCGCCAUGAUUCUGCAUUCGUCAAGUGCUGGGCUCUCGCACUACUUCCCGUUCCUCUUCAAGUUCAUCCUGCUGGUCUACACCAUCCUGUGCCUGGGCGAGCUCCUGCACAGAUGGUCCAACGGCUCCUUCCUCUCCAUGUGGUGAUGGUGCUGCAGUGCAUUCCAACGACAUGCCGCAGCUCAGCAAGGAGUUGUAGCUUCUGCAGUGAGCAGUGAACACCCCAGGUGUUCAACAACCAUGGAUAGAGAGCUUUUAGGUAGAAUUUGUUUGGUUUGAGAUGAUGCUAACCGGGCUUUGGUUCUUGGCCUUCGGCUGAUGAGUGACUUGAGGAAGAACCCCCUGUACUGUAUCCUUGUACAAAACGCACAAUGAGGCAGGCAGUAUCUCAUGUCCCUUUUGGCUUGGAUCUUGGCCGAUC